GCGGACACUACGAAUUUGUCCGAAUGCCUUUUGGACUGAAAAACGCACCUGCCACGUUCCAGCGGGUGAUGGACAACGUUCUCCGAGAGCAUAUCGGGGUACGUUGCUUAGUGUAUAUGGAUGAUAUCAUCAUCUAUUCCACUAGUUUACAGGAACACUUGGUUAACCUCAAAAAGGUUAUGGAGACACUUCGCAAAUACAAUUUCAAAAUUCAAAUUGAUAAAUGCGAAUUUCUUCAGAAAGAGGUAGCCUUUCUUGGACACAUUGUUACUCCCGAGGGAGUGAAACCUAAUCCAGAAAAAAUAAGUGCUAUUAAAGGUUGGCCAUUGCCCAACAACGAAACUGAGCUUAGAGGAUUCCUGGGAGUAGUUGGUUAUUACCGCAAGUUCAUCAAAGACUUUGCACAGAUAGCCAAACCCUUGACUCAGCCGUUACGAAAAGGAGAAAAGAUUGAACAUACGCAUGAAUUUGUUUCCGCGUUCAAUCGGUUGAAAAGUAUUCUAACUAGUAGCCAUGUGCUACAAUAUCCAGACUUCUCCAAGCGAUUUAUUUUAACAACGGAUGCUUCUAACUACGCGUUAGGUGCGGUUUUAUCUCAGGGCCCCAUUGGUCAUGAUAAGCCGAUUGCAUUCGCCUCGCGCACGCUCACAAAACUGAGGAGAACUAUUCGGCUAUCGAAAAGGAGCUCCUUGCUAUUGAUUGGGCGUGUAAAUAUUUUCGACCAUACUUGUUUGGCCGAAAGUUCACUCUUUUUACUGAUCAUAAGCCGCUCACUUACGCUCUAAAUCUCAAGUCGCCAAAUGAUAGGUUGAUCAAAAUGAAAUUGCGUUUAGAGGAGUUUGACUAUGAAAUCCAGUACAAACCGGGUAAACAGAAUGUGGUAGCCGACGGAUUGUCUAGGAUUUCACACGAAAUUAACAUGAAUGAAAGUGAAUCAUCAUCAUCAUCAUCGGAUUCAGAGACGGUACAUUCAGCUGAAUCAGAUAAUGAAGACUUAAUCCGCAUGGUCGAAACACCGCUGAACUUUUUCAAAAACCAAAUUCUUAUUGAAAAGGGAGAAAAGAAUGAGGAAAAAUACGAAGAGAUAUUUCCAGGAAUCUUCAGGCGGACAAUGACGCGUGCUUUCUUCGGAGUCCCUAUUGCAGUAAAAAUCUUCCGCGAAUACAUGCACCCUACAAGAGUAAAUUGUAUUCUUUGCCCGGAGGAAUGGUUGAACAUCAUGCAAGUGACCUACAAGAAUCACUUCUCACGCGCUAAAAGUUUCAAAAUAAAAUUAACACAGUUAAUUUUACAGGACGUCACCAUAGAAGAAGAACAAAAUGACAUCAUUGAGGACACACACCAGCGUGCCCAUAGAGGAGCAGUGGAGAACUACGAAGUCAUUAAGAAGAAGUUUUACUUCCCUAAAAUCAAGGACAAGGUACAACGCUUUAUCAACCUCUGUGAGACGUGCCUUGAGAACCGGAAUAAUCCCCUUACUGAUAUUGACGAUCACCCUUACUCAAGCACAAAAACUAACCAUUAGAAACCUGCACGACGAACCUUUAUUGCUUGUAAAGGAAAUACAUUGUAAAAUUCAAACUGGAACAAUUAAAAUAAUCCACCCGAUAAAUCUGUCUUCUAUAGAAGAAACAGCGGAGAUCCUGAUUAAAUCAUCUUACCAUAAUAAUGCCCAAACUACUAAUCCACUAACAAAUAUUUUAAAGUAUAAAGCGAAGAAAUUAUACAGCAACAUAUAUCAACUGAAACUUCAACCACACCACCGAUCAAGGAGGUGGAACACCGUUGGAACUGUGUGGAAAUGGAUCGCGGGAACCCCCGACGCAUCUGAUCUCCAAGCCAUCAAUACUACGAUGAACGACUUGAUUGACCAAAACAACCAACAGAUCAUAGUUAAUCAAAAUCUCAACACUCGGAUUCAGCAACUUACUCACGCUAUACAGGAAGUAACCAAUCAGGCCAACCUAAACGACUUGCUAAUGGACGACAUCGAAACAAUUACAUCCAUCGUAAACGUAGAUAUUCUCAAUCAGCUGCUCGAGGACAUUCAAGACGCAAUUCUGCUCUCAAAAAUGUCUAUUACUUCAAACAAAAUCCUAUCUGUUCGAGAAAUUACAACGAUAAGAGAACUUCUUCAAGACCAAGGAAUUAACAUUCACUUACCGGAUGAAGCACUACAAUACGUUACGCCAAAAUUCGCAACGAGUCAUGGAACAUUAUUAUAUUUUAUGCAUGUACCACUGUUAGAGGAGAACACCGCGGAAAUCAUCAGAAUAUACCCAAUCAUCAAUAGUAAUCAAUCAAUCAUCCAAUUCCCAGAAUUCAUAGUCAAAAGUGGUAACCGUAUUUUUGUCACACAAAAACCGGAAGACUUCGUUCAAAAAUCUUCAUUCUUGACGGAUCUCGGGGACGAAUGUAUCAAACCGUUAAUAACCGGAGUGAAGCCUAAAUGCAACGUUGUAUUCAAUAAUCAAACAAUAAUCAAACUAAUUUCUGACAACAUCAUUUUGAUAUCCAAUAUAAGGAAUCAAACAUUAGAAUCAACCUGUGGACCAGAUAACCGAAGCCUAGAAGGAAAUGUGAUCAUCAAUUUUGAAAACUGCACAAUACAACUCAACAACAAAACAUUUAGAAACGAGGAAUAUAUCGGCGAGCCCAAUAUCAUGUAUAACGCAUUCUAUAAUCUCAAACCAAACUGGAAGCUACAGGAAGACAUCGAUUUAGGAAAAAUUCAUCACGACACAAUACAAAACCGACGACACCUCGAGCAUGUAUACCUAGAACAAAAUAAUCUCAACUUUAAGUUUUGGAGCCUGUUUGGAGGAUUUUCUUUUACCGGAAUUACAGCAGUGAUUAUCAUCAUGCUAAUCAUAAUCAGAUACGGUGGAAAAGGACCGGGACGUUCCUCACUUAGGGAGGGAGAAGUUAUCGCAUCAGUUUGCCCCAACUCCGAAGAAGCCAUACUUAGCCAACUAGGAGACAUCCAACAACAACAACAACAGUUAGCAACAUCGCUAGCAACUUUGAACGAGCCACACAACGGACGAUGAGCAAGAUCAGCAGUUUCCACGGAAUCCACACCUGUCUUCAACCUUACUGAAACCAGCAUGUCAGCAUCGCGCCACCGGACGACGCGAUCCAAUUACGCAUAUGGUAAAUUAGCCAGGGAACCAUUCCUCUUCCUAGCCAGGCCUCUGUAAGCUUAAAAUAAUAAACGACAGUGAGUCUUUGUUCAUUAAUCGACGAGUUCAGUUCUGUUUUGUUUUUUAAAAAACCCGAUCCUAAAGCCGAACUCAAAGCUUAUAUAUAUAUAUUUUUUUU